GGAGCAGUAGAGGAGGAGGAGGAAGAGGAGGGAGGAGUUUUUCCCCCUCCUCAUCAUUUAGCUCCAGCUCUGCUCAUUGUUGGACAACGCUCUCAUACACGCUGAGUGAGGGACUCCUGACGCCGGGGCGAGGGGUGCACAUUGAGCGAAUUGCGGCAGUUAAGACGAGAGAGAGGAACACCUCCAGGCUGGAUGGUGUGAGCUCCAUCAUCAUCACCACCACCACCAUUAUUAUCAUCAUCCUCUGAAAUGCGUCACUGCAUUCACACACUGGUCCCCGCACUGACUCUUAUGCCAGGUGAGCGCAUGCGCGGCCCGGCUUUCCCGCGUUGAGCCCCCACCACCCUUGCCCUCCUUCCCCAGCACACGCAGCACGAAGGCCGGAUGACACCCCCGAGCUCCGCGUUGUCCCCGGCUCCCCGGUGCCUGCCAGGCCUGGGCGUCAACGGCACAUGUGCGGAGCAGCUGAGCGUCGCGUUCCCCCCGCUGUCGUCCACGCUGGCCCUCCUGGUGCUCGUGGCCGUGCUAGCGGGUGUCGUGCUCGUCUCCGUGGCCACGUUCCACUUCCACAAGAGGAGGCUGAAGAAGCGGAAGAUCCAGAGAGCGCAGGAGGAGUACGAGCGCGACAGUCGCAGGGCGGCGGCGGCGGUUGCAGGGGGGUCAGCGCGGCCGUGCGUCAUUGCGCGCCCGGUGCGCUGCGCCGCACACCGGGUGGAAGUGGUGGUGAUGGAAGAGGAGCGCGGCGGCGAUACAGUGGAGCACGGAGGAACCCCCGCGGACUGCUAAACUCAGGGAACGAGACUGUGGAAUAAACAGGAAAAAGCAAUAAGGCACAAAGAACUCUCAUCCAUCCUCCACUGCUGCUUGUCGAUGACUCUCAUGCAGAAUACUGAGCAUAGCAGGCCUUUUAGGAUAGUACACACACGCACACAAAUACACGAGAGCAGUGAUUCCCAACGUUUAUUGAGCCGAGGCACAAACAGUGGUGCCUUGAGAUACGAGUUUAAUUUGCUCCACGGCCACAUUCAUAUCUCAAAUCAUCUUUCCCUAUUGAAUUGAAUGAAAAUGUAAUUAAUCCACCAAAAAACACAAAAAUGUGUUGUUUAACGUUUUGUUUUUUUCAUAAGAACAAUUGUACUGAACGGUAUUUAUUUAUAUAAAAUCCACUGUAAUAUCUGGUCUCCACAUAACCUGCAAACACAGGAAAUGCGAGCAAAAAAUCUUAUGCUGGACCAAUGGUGGUCCGAUGUUGUGAAGUUUGCUGCCGCCAUCUAGCAGUGGAGGUCGGAAGCGCACUUGUCUCUCAAGUUUCUGCUCAUACCUCAAGGCAAAAAAACAUCCGCGCACUGGCUAAUAUUUUGAAAAACACAUAAGUCAAGGAAGGAAAAAAUAAAUAAAUCACAACCCAAAAAAAAUGGAUACAUUGGCUAACUGCAAUCUAGUGGAAAAGCAUUUAAUUGCGCUGCCUGUCAGUACAUGUUGCUGGCAUAGAUAGAAGAAUAAAUCACUGGUAGUAAUAAAUAAUUUUCCGCACAGUAGUUGGGAAUCACUGCACUAGAGCAGGGUUGUUUGAAAUCCAUCUCCAGGGUCCAUUUUUCGUAACCCUCAGCGAAGUAGCCACUAUAUAGUUAUUGAGUAAAAUAUUGCGGAGUUCUCAAUUGUUUUAUGUGUGAAGCUGUGCAGUAAACCCUUGUGUUUCGCUAGCAACAUACUUCCUUGACAUCAAUUACUGUACUACUUCCCUAUUUAGACACGGCUUUUGCGGUAUCAUUGGGCAUUACAGAAAGAGCAAAAAGUACCCAAAUAGGUGAGUUUUUCAGAAACAUGGCAACUGAGCACUUUUUAGCAUUUCUACCCAUUACCAGAGUCACUUAUUUAUGAUACGGUGGACAAAUUCCCCUAUGUAUUAUAUAAAAAUGCUAUUUCGUUCAAAUUCACUCAUAAGUAGAUAUCCUCCACACUGACAAACUGGUAAAACUGUCAGCCCCCCCGACCCCAAUACAAUAGAGCAGCUUGAUGGCACACUUCCACUUGACUUCUUCCAUUUUAAAGGCUCGAUCAUGCUCUAUGCGAAGCCUUCCAUUUUGUCCGUAUUUCUAUUGCAGUACAACCCUAAACCAUGUGGGGAGCAGUGUCGAGAUGCAAAGUGAGUAUGGACCACCAUUAACACAUUUUUUGAGACAUUGAACUUUUUACAUUGCCUCCAAAUUUACCUUCUCAAAAAGGACACGAUUGAAACGAGGUCUUAGGUUUACGUCAAAUGCAAUUGCAAAUGUGGUCAAAAGUAGUGGACAAACCUGAAAGCUAGAACAGGGGGUCCUCUGUUUACUACGAAAUUCCAUUCCUACAGGAUAUUUAGCUCACUUAUACAAUAGUUCAACGGGUGCCAUUCCUAACUUCGCAUUUUUGUAAUUACAGUGAAUGUGCGCGAAAAACACAUGCACAUAAAUACAAAACAAUCCUAUGAAAAACGGUACAGAGGUGGGCCUACUUAUACCACAUGACCGCGCAUCUUGCCGCAUCUAGGUGCCAAGGAACUAUGUUGAAGUGGGUUGAGGAGCUUCAUUUAGACAAAUGUAGUGCUUUGCUGCCAUACUGGUGUUACUGAAAUAUGGUGAAGUGAGUUGAGGAGUUUCAUUUUGACAAAAGUCGUGCUUUGCAGUCAUCUUGUGCCAAUGAACGAUGUUGAAGUGAGUUGGGGAGCUUCAAUUAGACAAAAGCAGUGCUAUGCCACCAUGUUGACGCCAAUCACCUAUGUUGAAGUGAGUUAAGAGGUGGGCCUUCUUAUACCACUUGAACACGCAUCUUGCUGCAUCUAGGUGCCAAGGAACUAUGUUGAAGUGUGUUGAGGAGCUUCAUUUAGACAAAAGUAGUGCUUUGCCACCAAUCUUGUGGCAUCUUGGUGUCAAGGAACUGUGUUAAAGUAAGUUGAGGAGCUUCAUUUACACCAAAGUGAUGCUUUGCUGCCUCCUUUUGACAACCCUUGGCAAUUCUAAACUUUUUUUGUGAGGGUGUUAAUUACUCUUGGACUUUCGCUAUUGUGGGGGUUCACUGUACUGUAUAAAUGCAGUGAUAUUUCUCUAUUUUUGUACAUACACGGAGCAUAAAUGAGGCGUAAACAUGAAAAAUUAAACAUUCCAAAGCAGGAUGAAGGGAAAAGGGGAAAAAAAAAUGCAAAAUUAUUUUCUUCGUCACCUAGAACACGAGCUAAAACAUGGGCCGAUUUAACCGCUUAUCUUAACAAAAACACGGGAUUGAUUUUAGCGCAAGCGAAAAAGGUGAAGAAGCUCUGGAUUUCUGUACGCAGCCCCACAGUGGAAAGCUUUUCUGGGUUUUUUUCCGGACACGCCCACUCUAGAGUGUCUCACUCUGAACUUUCGCCUGCUCUGCCUCUCUUCGGACCUCCUCCUCCCUCUCGCCUAAGAAGCUUCUUUAAACUCUGGAGACGUUUAAAUUUUAACUGCUCUCCGGGAUGUGACACACGAUUGUGUUGAAUUAUUCACACGUGGUGACACAACACACACACACGUACACGCACACACGCACACACACACACACACACACACACACGUCAUAAUGGCUUAGCUGAUCUUCCUUGGCAUGUCCUCUGACACACUAGCAGUAUGUAGUUAGACUCUCAAUGGAUGUUGUGGUGCUGUUAGGCAGUGCAAAAGCUGCAAAUAUAGACAUUUGGCUUCUUUGUUUGGGCAUCGUAUUUCUUCCUUCUUUCCUUCCUUCAAUUAAGUGACUUGAAGUGCUCCAAUGUCUGUUUUAGACAUCUUAGCUCUAGUUAUGCAAGACUUUUUGGCUGUAGUAAUCCACAUAAGAUCUGUUUUUGUUUUUCUUCUACUGUGUAUCAGAUAGUAGUUAACGUUUAAGUGCUAAUAUUUGGAAUAUUCAUGUAGAGAUUGUGAUCCAUGAGAAUCCUUCCCUCGAGCGGCGGUUUUUGUUUCUUUGUAAACUCUUUAUAUAGUAUCAUAAUAUAGUGGGCCUAUACAUAGAAUCAUGGAUUUUAUCUGUUCACUGUACAUGUAUGACAUCAUGAGGAAUGUUUUCUGUAAUCUGCCUUAUACAAGGAAUAUACUGUAUGUAGUAUUUAGCGUUUAUAAAUAAAUAUUGGGGGGUAAACAGUUG